AUGAAGAUUGCUCUUUAUCAAGUUGACGGUCUAAGUUGCAGACGAGAAAAGCUUACAUCUCUAACUUUGGAUCUCUCUAUGAAGGUAGGACAUCUGCGUCAAGAAAUUUCGAACAAAUUUAAUUUUAACUUGCAUAUAUUUCAACUAUAUAGCCCAAGAUGGCUCUUAGCUCACCGGGGUGCUAGCAAUUCUUCCAAAUUUUGGAGUUGUUUAGAACCAAAAAUUAAUAAGCCAAUUCCACUAGUGAGAAAUGGCAAAUAUAUGUUCACACUUGCCAUUAGUGGAGUUGUUUUGUCAACUUUUGGUACCAAGUCAACUCCAAGAGCUGAGCAGCCCAGGGCGAGCUAAAAGCUGUCCUAAGCUAAGGACCCCCCCUCAUUUGUCGAAUUUUCUAGUCUUUUUUUUAUGACUCCCCCCCUCCGUGAGUGAACAAAACCAUUAGAGAAAAAUCCCUAUUUUUUGCCCAAAAACCCACCCUCCGUGAGUGAACAAUUUUUUUAAUACAAAAAUGUUUUUAUGGAAAAAAAUUUUGAUAUAUAAAUGAUAAUUAGUAUAAUGAAAUCUAGAGCUAAUUCUGUGUAAUUUUAAACAAAUUGCUUUUUAAAACAUAAAUUUUAUAAAUUAAAUUAAUAUUUGCUUUCCAAUUUUUGCGAAUUAGGAUUUUUUUUUGAAUUUCGAAAAACAAUAUUUUUUAAAUUUAUAUAUAAAUUUUUUUAAAAAAAAAAAAAAAAUUAACCCCCCUCCGUGAGUGAACAAAAUUUGUUUGUUCACUCACGGAGGGGAGGGGCGAGUAAGAAUUUUUUUUUUUUCAGGACCUCAUUUGUCCCAAAAUCUAGUCAAAAAUGAUUUGUCCAAUUUUCUAGUCUUUUUUGCAUUUUUUCGAAUGCCCUAAAUUCUAGUUUUUUUACUUUAAAAAAGCUAGAAAAUGAGACAAUUGAGGUCCUGAAAAUUUUUUUUUCUCUAUCAAAAUUUUGACUAGAAAAUUGGACAAAUGAAAUGAGGUCUUAAAAAACUUUUUUUUUUUCCUAUAAAAAAAAACUAGAAAAAUGGACAAAUGAUAAAAGACUAGAAAAUUGGGCAAAUGAGGGGGGGAUCCUUAUAUACAAUGAGAAUGAACCAAAAAAUAAUGAUGACAGAUGCUUGGCCUCUUUCCUUCUUUCUUACUGACCCCAAGCCUUUUAUUCUUCUACAAACCCAUGCACAUGAAGAUUCUCCUUCAAUACAAGUCGAAAAAUUGCUAGCAAGUGCUGUGACAUGUAUUAAAAAUAAUGACAUUCGUGGGCUGGAGAGUGUAUGGGAUAAAGCUUUAGUCUUGGAUCAGAACUUAAUCAAUGAGACUUAUGUGAAUGGGUGGACUUUGCUUCAUUAUUCUUGCUAUUACGGAAGAGAAAGCUUUGUUGAAAUUUUAAUUAAUCAAAGGCUCUAAAAAAUAAAAAAAAAUUAAUUAAGCAAUAAUUAAAUUUAAAUUAUAAUAAAAAGCCAAUCAAAUGUGGAACUGCAAUCAAGAAACUGAAGACGGCUGGACGCCCUUAAUUUUAGCAUGCACCCAUAUGAAUAUAGGCUGCGUCAAGCUUCUUUUAGGGCAUCAAAGUAUCCAAAUAAACAAGUUAACAUCUAGAGGGACAGCUCUUCACAGAGCAGUUGAACUAGGCGACACAGAAAUAGUUAAACUGCUAUUAGACAACCGAGCCUGCUGUAUAAUAGAAGACAACUGUGGGAGAAUUCCUUUACAAUUGGCUAGAAACCCAGAAAUUAUUGAAAUGAUACCAGUUUAUAUGGGGCAAUGGGAAUUAGAAAAAUAUGGGGUAAACCCUCAGACUCUUCCUUUUAUAGGAGAAUUGCUAUUAACAAGAUCAUUAUAUUUGCAUGAUAAAAUAGUUCAGCUAAAAAUCAACUUGGAAAACGGGAUGCUUGAAGAAUACGAUAAAGUUCAUGGGACUAUAAGCGGAACAGCCAGUUUUCGCUAUAAAUUAAUGGACAUUCAGCAGGUAAAAGAAUCCCCAAGCUCAGCAUUUUCUACAAAAAAGUAUAAAAUGGUAAAUGAAUAAAUUAAAUUUUCUAUUAAUAUGUCAAAAAUUUUAAUUGCUUUUGCAAGGUAUAUUUUAAUUUUGAAAUUUAUUACAACAAAUGUGAAAGAAAAUACUCGACCAAAAACAAAGAUUACAGGAACGAAUGGAUUUGUCAGCUGACCAACGCUAUUCAUUACUGCCAAAUAAAUAAAAUAGGUAUUGAUAACGACAAUAUGGCCUUUGAAGAGUAUGAAAUUGAGGAAGAUGAAGACCCUCAGAUUGAUGUCCGAAAAUCUUUUGAAGAUACCGAAAAAGAAAUGAUCAGUUUAGCUUGUUUUGAAAUUAUUGAAGAAAUAGGGUCUGGAAGCUUUGGGACAGUUCAUAUGGUCAAGAAGAUUGACACUGGAGGAAUUUUUGCUAUGAAAUCCUUACUCCCCGCCUUUAAAUUGGAAUAAAAUAUUAAAAUUAAGGUAAAAUUUCAUUUUUUGGCUACUUAUAACUCCUCAUUGGAAAUAAAUUUUUUCGAUAGGAAAAUUUUAUAAUUAAAAAUACUAAAUUAGUUUUGACUUAAUUUAAUGUAAAAAGCUCAUAUAGAAUAUUAUUUAAAAAGUUUUAACAUUAAACAGAUUAAUUUCUUGAACUAAUUCUUUAUAUUGAAUUAAAAUGCUCAAUUUAUAUUUCUUUAUUAUAAGAUCUUAUAAAAAUUGUUUAUAUAGAAAAAUUUACCCUUAAAUUGGAACAGAACUUUUUUGUUCUAAUUUAAAGAGAAGAGAGUUAGGGGAAAAAACAGCUGAAAAGGCAGGGCAAGCUAAAAUAUGCAAUUACUGAGUGCAGGCUGAUGAAGCAGCUUAAACAUCCUUAUAUUUUGGCAUUUUAUUACGCAUUUCAGAAUGCCCAGAAUCUGUAUAUGGUGAUGGAAUAUUGCAGUGAAGGGGAUUUAGAAAACCUUUUGGAGGUCAGAGGACUUAUAUGUGAGCACGAAGCUAGGUUUUAUUUAGCUGAAAUUAUACUGGCAUUGGAAUAUCUCCAUGAUAAUAAUAUAUUAUAUAGGGACUUAAAGCCUGCAAAUGUCCUUCUUGAUAGCAAAGGCCAUAUAAAGCUAGCUGAUUUUGGCAUUGCCAAAGAAAACGUCACAAAGCCAGAAACAUCAGCUACUUUAGUAGGCUCCCCAAUUUACAUGCCUCCAGAAGUCUUAAAGCACCAAGCUGUAGGCAAGCCUUCAGAUCUUUAUUCCCUUGGGGUAAUGAUGUAUGAGCUUCUAGUAGGCGCUCCCCCUUAUUAUUCUGAUGACAUAGAAGAGCUCUUUCGUACCAUAAAAACCGGAAAACUUGAAAUUCCUGACAUCCUUUCUGUAGAAGCCAGAGAUUUAAUUAAAAAACUUAUGGAAAAAGACCCUAAAAAACGCCUCAGUAUCCGUGAUAUAAAAUUGCACCCAUUUUUCAAAAAAAUUGACUGGAGUGCUCUAUUAAGCAGAAAAUAUAAAUCGCCGAACAGGCAGAGAUGCAGCUUUUAUUCAGCUGAAGAGGUUAAGCUUGACUUAAGAGAACUUGAUAGAUUAUAA